AUGAGACGUUUCAUCAUAAAGGCUCGUCACAAGUCACUCCAGCGAAAGCCCACUCAUCAAUGUGACGACCAUCCACCCAUGUUUACAGGAUUCCUUCGAUAUGAAGAACUUCGUGAUGCUUUACAGACGCUAGUCAAAAUAACGCAACGCAUCCACUUCUCACAGUUACUCAAGCUUAUUUCAUCUUCGUCAUCGUCAAUUAAACCUCGUUCGAUAGCUUGUCUCACCCAGUUCAUUGACGCGUCUGGAAUCAUACGCGUGGGUGGACGAUUGUGCCGUUCAUCCGCACCGGAAGAUUUCAAAUAUCCAGUGUUAAUGCCAAAGUCAAGCGCGUUAAUGUUGCUAUUGAUCCGAUAUUAUCAUAUAACUUGUAUGCACGCUGGGCCUCAGCUUGUGGCAUCCUUGUUGUCUUCUCAAUUUUGGAUUGUGUCAGGUCGAUCAGUCAUUCGUCACAUUAUUUUCAAAUGUGUUACCUGUACACGACAUCAAGCGUCAACCGUCAAAACGUUAAUGUCCAUCGAGAUCCUUUUCUAA